CGUGGGGUUCUUAUCGCCAUCAAGAAAGCCUGCGGUUCAUGUCGAGUCUCCAAAGUGAGAUGUGAUGGACUGCGGCCAUGUUCUCGGUACGCUGCUUCUCCAGUUCUGAUCCUUGGGCCGUAUUCUGGGGGAGAGAGGCCACAAGAGAGCCGGCUCUGACUGGAAUUUCUUUCGUUCACAAGCUGUCGCUCCCUGCGUAAGGUAUGCGAGUUUGUCGAGCGCCCAAAGGACCCCUACGAAGCAAAGAUGGAGGCCUUGGAGAAAGAAGUCGAGUCGCUGAAGGCACAGCUAAACACACCAUCGAUCUCGAAUUCCUUGCCCAGUCCUCGUAGCUGGUCGGGGCUGCAGCUUGAAGAUGCCGCCGUGCAUUUCAGCCCACAGCCGCCAGUGGCCUCUGCCCUUCUGCCACGGACAUUCCCCUCCAUCCACCGUAGCCCGUCGAGCGAUGGAUCCCCCGGUGUGGUUGGUGGUGCUACGGUUACAGUCCUGGAAAGUACUAGUGCACGACUAAGCCAGGGAGUCCCUCUCCAUACUACUACAGGCACCUCGACGAUGGGAUCGACGACAGGGUCGCUGAAAAAGCGGAGCAGAGCGCACUUCGAGGCCGCCACUCCACCGACGAUCCCGGACCUCGACCCCAUCAGCGCAGGCCUGAUCACGCUAGAAGCGGCCGAGUCGUAUUUCCACAGCUUCUUCUCCGGCUGCGACCGGUACGUGCCCGUUUUCGAUCCGCUCUUCGACACGCUGGAGAGCGUCCGGGGCCGCAGCACGCUGCUGUUCAGCACCAUCUGCUGGGUCGGCUGCCGCGUGCUCACGGGGUCCGAGUCGCACCAGAGCCGCCUCCUGGGAGUACACACCCAGCGGAUGCUGAAUGUUGCCAUCGCUGCGGCGCCGUGCCGGGGCGGGAUCCAGGCCGGCCUCGAGACUGUGCAGGCCCUCCUCGUCAGGGCCUGCUAUGCGCCCGAGCGGUCGCUGCUCGUGGCCGUAGCUACCCGCAUGGCGCUUGAGAUGGGUCUGCCAGAGGCAUACGGCGUGCUCAGCGCUCGCUGCGUCAGUACUAGCUCUACUGACCCCAAGGUGGGCAUUGAGUUCGCGCACCCGUCUCUGGGGCAAACGACUAGUACCGGUUGUUCCGCUGAGAAGGAGGGAGACGAGGACAGCGCGACCUUGAUGCGGAAGACGCGAACGUGGCUGCACCUCCUGAUGCUGGGUCAGAUCCUGCACGUCGACGCCGGCGGUCCCCCGGGCUUCCGGUUUCUGGGCGCCGCUCGACGGUGUCGCAUCCUGCUCGGCAGCCCCUAUUCGACCGGCAUCGACCUGCAUCUCUUCUCGCAAGUAGAGCUCAACUCGAUCCGGGCCAAGAUCCACUCGGCCCUAUCCCAGUACGGGCGCAGCCAUCCACCGGCGGAGCGGGACGACGACGAGAUCAUGGAGAUGGUCCGCGACGCCGAGAUCGACAUCAACGUGUGGUUCGACGACUGGACGCGCAUCUACGAGAAGCACAAGAGCGAGAUGCCCUGGCUGGCGCCGAACCUGGCCGUGCAGCGGUGCUGGGCCGACAGCAUGGCCAUGUGCUGCGCGCUCAAGGCCGCCGGCAUCGAGAACGUGAGCGCCAUGUCGGCCACGCAGCGCACCAUCCUGUGCAUGGCCAAGCGGUCGCUGCGGCAGCACCUCGACAUCGUCCUCGAGGAACCGCGCGUCUACCUGCGCAGCAUCCGCUACGCCAUGGACUUUGUGUGGGCCAAGAACGCCUUCUGCUACCUGCUGCUCCUGAAACUGUCCAUCCUGCUGCCCGACGACGACGACGACGUGCAAGGGGAGGGUGGCGGGCACGCUGACGGAUCGGCCAACGCAGCGUUAGUUGAAAAGGGCCGGGUGCUGGUGGACGAGCUCAGCAAAGCCGGCGGCGGGCUCAAGGACGAGGCACGCAACAACACGGGUGGUCUGUACCUGCAUCUGGUGCGAGUCAGCAUCGACAAGUUCAGCCACGCCACGAGGCGGGGGAGUCACCACAGGGGCGCGCCCGCCGUUGAGUCUCAACAAGGCCACGUCGCACCGGACUGCGGUAGCGGCGGUAUUGCUCGGCAGACGAGGAGGGAGAGCGGGCAGGAAGCGGGGUGGCCUCCUCCUUCUUCGGACGAGACGCAGACCGAGCUUGAGUCCUUCGUGCCGGAACAGUUUGUCUUCGAGUGGGACUUUCCGGGCAUUACCUUCUUCUCGUCGCCGACAUACGAGACCGGCUGGCUGGAUGAGUUGCUCGCCGGGGCUUUUGACGGGGCCACCGACAUCUUCAACCACAGCUUGGGGUGGGCGUCCAUGGAUUUUAAUCUGUCGUAGAGGACGGAACGUCUGCAAGUAAUUUCCAACCUUGCGUUGCCUCUUACAUCUUACCAAUCCACCCCCAUCAUCGGUCCGAUCCUUCUCAGCCUUGCUGUCCCUGGAAAACACGAGCCU